AGACUGGGUGUAGGGCAGGGGUUAGGGUUGAGACUGGGUGUAGGGGUUAGGGUAGGGACUGGGACUUCAUUAAGGAUGCUGUCAGUGGUGAUAUUAGGUGUGACCCUGUCCCUGCUCAUUCUGCUGACGGUGUUUGGUAAUGUCCUGGUAUGUCUGGCCGUCUGCGCCACACGACGUCUCCGCUGCCUCACCAACUGCUUCAUCAUUUCCCUCGCCAUCACUGACCUGCUGCUUGGCAUGCUGGUCCUGCCCUUCUCCGCCCUCCUCCAGCUCAGCGAUUGGCCGCUGGGGCCAACCCUCUGCAACAUCUACAUCUCAUUGGAUGUUAUGUUAUGCACUGCCUCUAUCCUCACCCUAUUGGCCAUCAGCGUGGACCGAUACCUGGCCGUGACCGCACCCCUUAGAUACUCGUCGCUGGUGUUGCCGAGGGGGGUAGCCAUAACAAUGGCUUCGGUGUGGGCGGUGUCGCUGGGGGUGUCGUUCCUACCGAUCCACCUGGGCUGGAACACUGUGGACGGCAGUGUGCAGAACCGCGGCCCGGGGGAGGAGAGGGAGUGUAAGUUUGAGCUGAACCCUUGGUACGUUGCGGUGGACGCCUCCUUAACCUUUUACCUUCCCCUGCUGAUCAUGUGCUGGAACUACCUCCGCAUACUCCGCAUCGCCCGGGCCCAGGCCAGACGCAUCAUCCAUGCACGACCCAACCUCAACAACAACAACGCCUCGUCACCCCCUCGUCAACUCACCUCAGUAACAGUGAUGGCUCUACGGGAACACAAAGCCACAGUGACCCUAGCAGCAGUUAUCGGAGCGUUCAUAGUGUGCUGGUUCCCCUACUUCACCCUGUUUACUAUCAUGGGUCUGAGGAUGCAGGACUACCCAGCAGCCUACCCUGUGGUGCUGUGGCUGGGGUACAUCAACUCAGCUCUGAACCCAUUGCUCUACGCUGCCUUCAACAGAGACUUUAGGUCCGCCUACGCCCGCCUGCUGCACUGUGGUAACUAUGGAUAUGGCAGGGGGAGGGGCGGGCCAGCGUCGCCCCACAACAGGACCACGACGGGUAGAAGGAACAAGGAGAAAGACAACACACACGGUGACGGAACAUACACAAUCACUGAUAACAACUUCAAAAUAUUGUGUUUUCUUGUGUCUAGCGAGUUAGGUCAAUGGUGAGCCUGUGUGCACAGAAUAGCCAACUCUGGUCUUCUGGUCUUGUGUCCCUCUCAGGUGCGGGGGAGGUAGGUGAGGGGGGGGUGUCACUCUGCUGCGUGAACACACCUCUUCCUGUAGGGCGGGGCCAGGUGAGACCGGUGUGAUGAUGAUGAUGGUACAGGAAGUCAGAACAACCAUACCUUCCACUCAGCACAGCACAGGGGUGUCUGCCGCCAACGAGUGAGCAAAAACAAAUGGCGCUGACCCUGUGUCUAUCUGUGAUGAGGAUUCAGUGUCCUACCUGUCCUGAAAGCUGAGCCCAGGACCAGCCAACUUAACUCUGACUCCCAGCCCAGGGGAUCAAUCACAGACAGGACACUGGGAGUCGUCUGAAAUAUCACGGACAAUCUGCAACAAGGAAUCCCGGGGACCUUUAACCGCAGAACUAGAAUGAGACUAUUUCUAUCCCAUCAACCAAUAAGCAGUGACUGGGGAAGCCCACAAGUCACUUUGUUCUGGAACACUGAUACCUGGAAAGUAAUGUCAUUGACAGACAGACAGACGGACGGACGGACGGACGGACGGACGGACGGACGGACGGACGGACGGACGGACGGACGGACGGACGGACGGACGGACGGACGGACGGACGGACGGACGGACGGACGGACGGACGGACGGACGGACGGACGGACGGACAGACGGACGGACGGACAGACAGACAGACAGACAGACAGACAGACAGACAGACAGACAGACAGACAGACAGACAGACAGACAGACAGACAGACAGACAGACAGACAGACAGACAGACAGACAGACAGACAGACAGACAGACAGACAGACAGACAGACAGACAGACAGACAGACAGACAGACAGACAGACAGACAGACAGACAGACAGACAGAGAGACUAAAACACUUGUGUCAGACUGGUGGUGAAAUCUAAGCUCUGGUGUUAUUCACCUGAGCCUGACUGUGAUCUUCCAAUGAAGCAGAUAGUUAUGCCCUCUAGUGAUGGAAUAUAGUAAUACAACCUGACAAGAAGACUAGACUCAGCAAUUAUCUCAUAAAACAAUCAGUGUUCUGAGAGAAAAUGAUUUCAAAUAUGUGAAAGUGUUUAAUCUGUAUGAGGAACUGUUUAACUGUGCAGCUAUAUGUGUCAUAUACUAGGUAUUUUGAAUUUGAGUACACAGUAUGUACAUGCAGCCUACUGGACUAAAACAUGCAUGGGAUCUGAUAUUUGUCACAUCUAACCACAGUGCCAUCUAAGUUGUUGUAAGGUUUUGAAGGAAGGCCACCUACGACCAGGGAUGGUACUGAAAGCUGCUGGUGGAGUGGUAGAAUAAAUAGCAUUUACCAGUAGUCAUGGAUUACAACAAUAUCAUGCCAUUUAUUUUCUCCAGGAGCUCUCUCAUGGUAGCCGUGGGAACGUUGCCCAGGGACACUUCAACUGCCAAUAAAUAAGCAGCAAAGAGCUGGCACUUCUUCUCCUCUGGUAUAAUUGCAGUCACACAAAUGUAAUGUGCCUUCCGCCACCUACUGGAGAAAAAGUGUUGACUUCACACAAAAUACAAAAAUAGACACUGUACAUCAAUACUAUUCCGCUGUAUCCGUCACAGUCCAAAUCACAUACACAGAAUCAGAGGCCUGACAGGGCGGUACUUUCAUCCACAGGAUUCCAUGUAUUUCCUCUGCCGUCAAAUCCCUCACAUAACAAAAAAAUCCCCAUAGAAAUCUGUCAGUUUGGACGCAUCUCAAUCUACCACAUCAGCCGAUGUCACACUUCUGUAUCUGCGGUGAAAGGCGACAGAGCUCGAGAGCGCCGUUUGUCAGACCAUGAGACAUCCCAAACAUCGGUCUUCUCACCAAAUUGUCUGCAGCAUCCAAACGGUUCGUCCUCACAAGACUUGUCUGAAGGUCCCGGUACCAGUUGAAAAAAUGUAAGGAAGUAUAUAUGGAGACUGUUUAGUGGCAAAUAUAAAUGGUUGAAGUACAUUUACGGAUCUUUCUUGUAUCUCUCAGAAAAAGGACAGACACUUCAGAACAAACUUCCUUUUCAUUUUUGGUGGGGGUCUAUCUGUUGUUGGAUGAAGUUUGUUAUUCAAUGUGUUUGUAAUAGCAGAA